GUGGCUGAAAACGUUUUGCUGCUCUUCGUUGCCGAGGCGAGGAAGACGGGAGGUCCGCAUAUUUCCCACCUUUUAUUUUUCACUGCCGUGGUGAGAGGAAAAACAAGCGCACUCACUUCUCAUUCACCUAGAUCGAACCACCAUCAUCACCACCACCGCCACCAACGCACCCCGCUCAUUUUUUUUUUUGGAGGUUUGACGUUCUAUCCUUUCUCUUCCACGGGAGCCGGAUUUUGCAUUUUGGUGGAGCCGCGCGAUGUCGACUAGCGGCCUCGCCCGCGACGACCGAGGCAGGACGAGAGAAGGCCCCUCCCACUCCCGCGCCACCGCGGCGGCGACGCUUUCCUUCCCCACGCUGCGGGCCACCGCCGCGUCCACCUGCGCCGCGUCGCCGUCGGUGUCUCUUCUUUCUUCCAUUCAGUCCCGCCCGCUGCAGGCGAACCCCGCUGCCCCCUUACUGUGGAACGGCAGCAGCACACACGACGCCGCCGCGCAGCUGCACCGCUCUCGGUCCACUUUGUCCUCGUCGUCCACGUUGCACUCAUCGGCGCGUGAUUCGAUCGAAGGGCGUCAGCGAAGUCAGCGCAGUGGCAGCGAGGGCAACGACCGUCGCGGCAGCACGAUGGCGCAUGUAUUGCGGCCGCAGAAGCCUGAGCAAAGCCGCGCCGCCCCAUCUACGCGCGCGCCACAAGGCGAGGACACACCAGCGUCUUCUCGAACGGUGAACACCACGGUCGGUCGAGCAAAGAAGGCGACGGCGGUAAACUACAACGCACUGUUCCAGCAAGAGCAGAACAGGCAGCAGCCGUCUCCCUCCCCGGUACCGUUGUCCCCCCACGUUGGCACAACAGGCUAUGCUGGGGCGGCAGCAACGGCACAGAAGGCAGGCGAUGCAAUUUUCCGCACGGUGGAUGACGCCGAUGACGCGGGAGAAGAGUUGAUGAGCGGGACGGAGAUGGAUCACACCAGUCCGUAUCGUCGUGGCGGCCCCACCACGACUGCCAACGUCAGCGUUGCGUCUCCGUUAGCCGUCCUCGGUGCGGUGGAGGGUCCGUUGCCACCCGACGUGCGCCGCCUCAUUUCGCAGAGCUGCGGCGCGGACCCCGCCACGCUCGACGGCGCCGAGCAGCAGGCGCGACGGCUCAUCAGCACCGGCCGUCGCGUGAAGGUCUACCGCGAGGAGCUCGCCGCGGCGGAGGAGGAGCGCCGGGACUGGACCGCCACGGCGGAGCAGCGUCGUCUGGUGCGGUCUGUUCUGCAAGAGGAGGUCGACGGCAUCAACGCACGCAUUCAGGCGCUGCUGCAGGAACGUGCGAUCUGUGAGGCGCAGCUGCAGACCGAGGACGCGGCGGCCGCGCGUGAGACCCGCAAGCUGGCGGAGGCGGAGGAGCGGGUGACGGUUCUGCGGCAAACGAUCGACGGCAUCGUGGAGGAGACGACGGUGCCACGGCUGAUGCUGCAGCAACUCGUGCCCUCGCUGCUCAUUGAGAACUACAUCUGA